AUGGGAGGUGGCAAGGCACAAAGUCAGCCUAAGUUCGUAGGGUGCAGGCCCAGGACCCAAUGGCACAGAGGGAUGAAUGCUUGAGAGUGUAAUACGACUCUACCUUCUUUCAGGGGAGCGGAGAAGGGGAGCGGGGGGGGUUGUGGAGAAGAGGUGUAAUGAAUGAAUGAAUGAACGAGGUCUCGGGAUGACCCUAUAGCCCUCUGGCGUAGUAUUCAUGGUCAUACACAUUUACACAUAGAAGUAUGCCAUAUUCAUCAUCCCUUGCUGAAUACUCCAGCGCACAUGUUGUCCUUACUCAAUGCAAACACUUUCAUAGGACUGCACCGGGACCAUUUCUCGGAUUUGCUGAGCCCGCAAUUGUAAGGAAAGCGAGGAUUCGGGUCGUCUGGAGGUCGAAUUACGAUCGCUCAAAGACUCAAACUUAGGGCGUGACGAGAAACCGCCGUGAGCGCUCAGACACAGAUGGCAUGACAUGUGUAUGUGUUUCUUUUUUGGUUGGUCAUGCGGCUAUGCAGGUCAGUUGAAGGAGGAGUUUGUGCACGAGCAUCGCGAGAACUCGGCCUCCUUCAACAUGGGCGGCGGCUACACCAACCGAUUCUACACGGCCAAGCUGCAGGGAGCCACCAUGGGCGGGGCCUUCCACAAUGUGCGGGCCAACGGUUGCGCCAAGCGGUUCCUGCGCUGCUUCCGGCGGGGCUUCAGACAUGACGGCAGCCAUGAGAACACUGACCUGGGCAUCGCCGAGCUGCCUGCCAUGCUGGAGUUCACAUACGGGCGUGACAACGGGUUUGAUUUCUAUUACAUGGACAAGCACAAGCUGCACCGACUCGACAACUACAGUGAGUGACCGGUAGUGAUGAUCGCUUGAGGGCUCUUGUAUGUUGUAUUGUGUGAAUCGAUGCAUGGAUGCAGAUGCGUUUCACACGGUGUCCAACCACACGCGAGGUUCCUCUGGCAGAGGACGCAGCACGGUGCAGUUCCCAAUCGAGGACAUGGCCCCUGAACUGGUCAGUCAGCCAAACACGAAACACACACGCAGCAAUGCAUGGAUGUCUCUCUGUGUGUGUGUGUGUGUGUGUGUGCAGGAUGACCAUCUUGUGCCGACAGCCGAUGAGGUUGCUCAGGUCAAGGAGCGGCUGCGCCGAGUGUCGCCCAAGAGCGCUGAGAUCUUUGAGAGCUUUGGGGGCGAUUACGACGCGAUGACCAGGAUGCCCAUCGAUGAGGCCUGCAAAUAUCAUGACAACAGCCGAUGA